UAGUAUGCUAUACUAAUAAUCUUACUAUUUUUUGCAGAUGGAGAAUUCUAUCGAUGAUGAUAUAAUGAGAUCGAAUCUUAUCUAUAAUUUGAGUAGAGACGAUGAAUUUAGUCCUUUACAUGAUUCAGAAAUUGGAACAGAUGGGGAUGACACUGAUGAUGGUGGUGAUUCUGAGUCGACAAAUAGUGAUAAUGAUGAAGAUGAUGAAGAAUAUGUUCCUACUGCACCAUGGUUCACAGAAGAAGCCACUUCUAACAAGUUUAGCAAUAGUUCAGGUGCUCCUUCUAACUUAAACCCUCUUACUGAUGACUUGUUUGUUGGCCAAUGUUUUGUAGAUAAGCAAACUGCCAUAAAUGCAAUACAAACGAGUCAUAUAAGAGAUUCUAGAAAUUAUCGUGUUUCCAAGAGCGAUACAACAAGAUUUGAGGCGAAAUGUAUCGUAGACGAAUGUCCAUGGAGAAUUCGAGUUAUAAAACGAAAGUCGAGUGGUUAUUUUGAAAUAACAAAACUGCCUGCCGAACAUACUUGUCUUUUGAGAACACUUCAACGGGAUCAUAAGAAACUCAGCUCGAGCUUAAUCGCUAGUGUUAUAAAACAACAAAUCACGGAGAGUCCAUACUUAAAAGUGCAUAAUAUCAUGAAUCAAAUCACAUCUAUGUACCAAUAUCAUGUUAGUUACAAGAAGGCAUGGAUUGGAAAGCAAAAGGCAAUAUCAGAUGUGUAUGGAGAUUGGACAACUUCUUAUUCCAAACUUCCUAGAUUUUUUAGUGCUUUGAUGCAUUAUAAUCCAGGUACGGUUACAUUAAUUGAAGCUGAUCCUAUAAAUCAUAACACAUCUGUGUGUAAGCGUGUGUGGUGGGCAUUUAAACCAAUGAUAGAUGGGUGGCAACAUGCUCGACCAGUUAUAAGCAUUGAUGGUACGUUUCUGAAAGGAAGAUACAAUGGAAAGUUGUUGAUUGCUAUGGGUUUUGAUUCAAAUAAUCAACAGUACCCACUUGCUUAUGCUUUAGUUAAUGAAGAAAUGACAAUAAAUUGGUCAUGGUUCUUAUACCACCUUCGAAUAUAUGUGUGUCAAAAUAGAAAAGGUAUAUGUAUAAUUUCAGACCGUCACGCUGGAAUUAUCGAAGCAAUGAAAAUGGAACAAAGUGGAUUCACCGGCGAUAUGGGUUUACAUCGAUUUUGCCUUUUGCAUGUUCGUAGCAAUUUUAGUUCACAUUUUCCUGGUUCUCAUUUGAAGAUGUUAUGUUGGUUGGCUGGAAAUACUUCUCAAUUGAGAAAAUUUGAAGCAGCUAUGGACAAGAUAAAAGAGCUUAAUCCUGAUGCUGAGAAGUGGUUACGAAAGAUUACGUUGGAGAUGUGGACUAUGUCUCACGAUGGAGGAUAUCGGUAUGGUCAGGCGACUACAAAUAUGAUUGAAAGUUUCAAUGGACUCUUAAGGUCAGCUCGUUUUCUCCCAGUCACAUCUAUGAUUGAGUAUAUCUAUUAUCGUUCUGUCAAGUUGGUUGCAGAAAGGCGCACUCAAACAUUGAGUGACCUUCCGGAUGGACAUACAUAUUGUAAAAAAUCGAGAGAGCUGUUUGAGAAAAUAAAAGAGAAGGCUUCAGCCCACAAGGUUAUUCCAUAUAAUGAGCAAAGAGGGGUCUUUGAGGUUAUUACUGCACGUUAUCGAACAACAAAUGGAUUUUGGAAAGGAGGAAACAAACACACACUAAAUUUGUUUCAAGGUUUCUGUUCUUGUGGAAAAUGGAGUCGGCAUCACUCUCCAUGUUCACAUAUAGUUGCUGCGUGUUUAGUAUGUAAUCUCGAUUGGAAGCAAUACAUCGAAGGUUAUCACAAUCUAACAAUAUUGUAUGAAAUGUGGAAGUACGAAUUUUAUCCACUACCCAAUCAAGCUUAUUGGACGUUUCCACUAGCAUACAAUUGGGAGAUGUAUGGUACCCUUAUUGCUGACGAAAAUCUGAGGAAGAAGAGGAAGAAACGUGGACAAAGAGGACAAAGUCAACGUAUUCGAACGGAAAUGGAUAAUUCUCAAAGAGUUAAAACUUGUGGGAGAUGCGGUCAAGAAGGUCAUACAAGACGGAGUCGCCGAUGUCCACAUCACGGACAUUAG